AUGGUCACCACCACACAGAGCAGCAGCAGCGCUUCCGCCGCCGCACCGGCCGCCGCAGAAGAACCAAAACCCCCCACCACCAACACCGCUCCCGCCCCUGCACCACCAAAACGCUCCUUCCGCUCCUUCAUCUGGGACACGGACACGCACCUCAAACCGCACGCCGAGCUCGUCCUCCUCCGCAAGCUCGACUGGUCCAUCCUCAGCAUCGGCUGCCUCGGCUUCUUCCUCAAAUACCUCGACCAAGGCAACCUCGCCAACGCCUACGUCUCGGGCAUGCAGGAAGACCUCGCCAUGCACGCCAACGAAUACACGUACGCCGGCACCGCCUACACGUGCGCCUACGCCCUGAUGCAGAUGCCCUCGACGCUCGUCAUCCAGCGCAUCCGCCCGAGCUGGUGGCUCGCGGCCAUGGAGGUCGGCUGGGGCGCCUUCACGUUCGCGCAGGCGGGGUUGAAGAGCUCGGCGGAGCUGUAUGUCUUUCGCUUCUUCGUCGGCUUUUUCGAGAGCUCGUUCUUCCCGUGCUUGCUGUAUGUGUUGGGGAGUUGGUAUACGAAGGCGGAGCUGGCGAAGAGGGUGGCCAUUUUUCACAUGACGGCGCCGUUGGGGAGCGCGUUUGGCGGGUAUUUGCAGGCGGCCGUGUAUGAGAACUUGGAUGGGGCGAGGGGCUUGGCCGGGUGGAGGUGGUUGUAUGUGGUUUGUGGGUGCAUGACGGUUCCGGUUGGGUUGGCUACCUUCCUGCUUCUCCCUGACACGCCGUAUACUACUCGCGCCUGGUUUCUGACCGAGGCGGAAUGCGAGUUGGCGGUCGAGAGGGUGAGAAAAGCGGGGAAGGCGGCGCCGGUUAGGAUUACGCCGAAGACGUUUGUCCGCAUUCUGUCGCGGUGGAGGUGGUACGCGUUUGUGCUCGGAUACGUGCUGUACGGCUCGGCAUGUCAGGCGAGUAGCUACUUCGGCAUCUGGCUGAAGUCGGAACACUAUUCUGUUGUCGACAGGAACAUCAUUCCAACCGGCACGAACCUCAUCUCAGCCGCGUGCGUGGUGCUCUGGGGCUUCUUAUCCGACUACACCGGCAGUCGUUUCGCAUUCGUCGUUGGUCCUUUGACAUACGGCCUCAUCCCGAAUGGCAUCUUGGCGGUUUGGCCGUUGAGCAUCCAGCUCAAGGAAUUCGCCUUCUUGACCUGUGGAGUGCAGUUGAUGACCGCAGUAUUUUACACGUGGGCGAACGAAGUCUGCGCCGGCGAUAACGAGGAAAGAGCGCUGGUCAUCAGCAGUAUGAAUGGCAUGCAGUACGCAGUCGCGGCCUGGCUACCGAUUGUCAUUUUUCCGCAGACCAUGGCACCCGACUUUCGGUACGGUUUCCCGGCGACUUUUGGAUUUGUGAUUGCCGGCAUCAUCGUUAUUAUUGGGAUUCAUUUCCUGGUAUUGCGGGAACAGCGGAGGGCUACGGCGCCACCGGAUCUGGAGGAUUUUCCAGCGAAUGGGGAAGAGUUGGAAGAGAAUGAAAGUGGUGUGAAGGGGGUCGUGGAGAUGCCGAAGCAGUGA